AUGCCUCCCAAGAACGCCAUAGUUGCAAGGGCAGCUGCGACCGCCCAGAGAGCAACACGACGGGCCACUAGGUCUACGACUCAGGCCUCCAGCGAGGCAGAAAACCGAAGCGGGGCUGCACCCAUGAAUGAGAACCUAGUAGAAGUGCCGAACGCAGUGAAUGCAACGAUCAUGGCGGAACUGCAAAGGUACCGUGACGCCUAUGGGGGACAACUGCCCAAUGGUGAAGCUGCAGCAGGGGCGGGGAACAUCCCCAUACCACCUGGGGCGGGCCAGAACCCGCCACCACCGCCACCACCCCCAGCAGCGCCUGCGGUGGCACACGCCCAAGGCCCCAACUACUGGGACAUGAUGAGACACAUGAAGAGGUGCUCACCUGAGUUCCGUAGGGACCUAGCUGUCCACCACCUUAAGGACGACGCGCUAGUGUGGUGGGAGGAAAUGGUUGAGAGAGCACAUGGGAUACGACUGACCUGGGACGACUUCCUGGAAGCAUUCAAUGGGAAGUACUUUCCCUUGGAAGCUAUGGACGCAAUGGAAAGCAAGUUUCAGGAAAUCCGUCAAGGAACCAGGAACGUGAGAGACUACGGGGACGAGUUCAACAGACUUUGGAGAUUUGCGGGCCACUACCUGAGUGACCACGACUUAGUCCGCCGGUUCCUUAAAGGAAUGAGGGUAGAGCUAAGGAACAGCUGCAACGUGCGAGACUACCGUGAUGUCCAUGAAUUGAUCGACAAAGCCGCGGAAUAA